GCAGUGUCCCUGGAAGUGUCCGAGAGCCCUGGAAGUAUCCAGGUAGCCCGGGGCCAAACAGCAGUCCUGCCUUGCGCCUUCUCCACCAGUGCUGCUCUCAUUAACCUUAAUGUCAUUUGGAUGGUUAUUCCUCUUUCGAAUGCAAACCAGCCUGAACAGGUCAUUCUCUAUCAGGGCGGACAGAUGUUUGAUGGUGCCCCCAGGUUCCAAGGGAGGGUAGGAUUUACAGGUACCAUGCCUGCUACCAAUGUCUCCAUCUUCAUUAAUAACACUCAGCUGUCAGAUACAGGCACCUACCAGUGCUUGGUGAACAACCUUCCAGACAGAGGGGGCAGGAACAUUGGGGUCGCUGGCCUCACAGUGUUAGUCCCCCCGUCUGCUCCACACUGUCAAAUCCAAGGAUCCAAGGACAUCGGCAGCGACGUCAUCCUUCUGUGUAGUUCAGAGGAAGGCAUCCCUCGGCCCACUUAUCUUUGGGAGAAGUUAGACAAUACGCUCAAGCUACCUCCAACGGCCACUCAGGACCAGGUCCAGGGAACAAUCACCAUUCGGAAUAUCAGUGCCCUGUCUUCGGGUCUGUACCAGUGUGUGGCUUCUAAUGCCAUCGGGACGAGCACCUGUCUCCUGGAUCUCCAGGUUAUCUCAGCCCAGCCCCGAAGUAUUGGAGUGAUAGCUGGAGCUGUUGGCACUGGUGCAGUUCUUAUCAUUAUUUGCAUUGCACUAAUUUCAGGGGCAUUCUUAUACUGGAGAAGCAAAAAUAAAGAGGAGGAGGAGGAAGAAAUUCCUAAUGAAAUCAGAGAGGAUGAUCUUCCACCUAAAUGCUCUUCUGCCAAAGCAUUUCACACAGAGAUAUCCUCCUCAGAAAAUAACACCUUGACCUCUUCCAAUACCUACAACAGUCGAUACUGGAGCAACAAUCUCAAAACCCAUAGAAACACAGAGUUAUUCAACCACUUCAGUGACUUACGCCAGUCUUUCCCUGGCAAUGCCAUUAUCCCAUCCAUCUAUGCAAAUGGGAACCAUCUGGUUUCUGGUCCACAUAAGACUCUGGUAGUGACAGCCAACAGAGGGUCAUCACCCCAGGUCAUGCCCAGGAACAAUGGUUCAGUCAGCAGGAAGCCUUGGCCUCAGCACACACAGUCCUAUACUGUCAGCCACGUGACCCUGGAGCGCAUGGGUGCAGUGCCUGUCAUGGUGCCUGCCCAGAGCCGGGCAGGAUCCCUGGUGUAG